ACCUUCAAGUUAUCACAAUCAUCGUCCCUGAUUAUGCUUCGAAGCCUGUGUGACACCGUCGUUUGCUCGUGGAUAUAGCAGCGCUCCCGUGAACUCUAAUCCUUGUUGUUUGUUUACAACGCAGUGGCUGGUCGGGUCUCAGUGCUUGUCGCUCCAGCUCGUGGUAUUAAACUUCAAGUGGCGCCUAAUUAUGUUUGCCUUUCUUGUCCGCUGGUGGAAAACGUCGUCUGCUCCGCUUCGUCUGUGUGCCUCGCUCGUAGGGCGUACAACUCUCGCCGUUCAGUGCGGUAAGCACGCGAUCACGUUGCGUUCGCCCGAGAAGCGCACCGGGCCAAACUGUGCUGAAAGAGAAAGUGCGAUGACGGAAGCCAGAGGGAAAAAGCGACAAAAACUGAGCGUCGGCACAUUUGGGACCCGCUAACCGGAUGUCAUGUUUGCAGCCGAGCUCUGUGCACGCGCAGACGACAAGGACGAGCAGACGACAGCGCAUUCCAGAAAAGAAACGGGGCCGCCAUUGUUCGCUCGUCAAGUGACGUCGCUUCCUGCCGUCUUUUUCAAUCCUAUAUGCAACGAAGCCGCCCGCAGCUUCAGCGUUUGGCGCGGAGAUGCAUCGGAAGGAAACGACCGUUCAUCUUUUGGCCGGCCUUGAUCGCGAGCCUGUAAAUGGGACGGCAGUAGCUGCAAUCCACCAACACGGGUGUGUUCGCACUAGCGAAUGGUUUAGCCAGGACGGCCAAAUCGAGAACGAUACUAUAUUUCGGUAGUGUUAUUGUCGCGUGGAAUAUCUGUGGCGAUGAUGAAAACAUCGGUCAAUGCUUACUUUAGUCAGUAGUUUCAUCGGUGUUGUUCUAAUGUAAGCGUAUAAUCACUUCUAACCGUAAAAUACGUCUAAGCACACUUACAAAAUGCCACUGCACUUGCUCCUCAUUUCCUAAGUCCCUAACAAGCCAUAUGGAUCAUUUAUUUGAAAUGUUCAGCAGUAAAUUAUAUCAUACUGUGUUCACUGGAGCUCUGGAAAACGAUUGCAGGGGAAAAGCACGGUCUUCAUUAAGCAUGUACAGUGUGUCAGGGAUGUCUCGGUGAAUCUUUUUACCUCAACAAUCAUGGAAAGAUAUUUUCCGUGUUGACUGAGGCACAUUUAACUGUAUGCUUAUUUAGUACUCAAUAAUUAAGCUCAUUUUCAGUGAUGCCAACCUUUCACAGUACUGCAGAACGACCAGUUUGCCGAAAUAAUAGAAUAAAUGCAACCAUAUUUUCUCUAAAAGCAAACUGUUGUCUUGCAUAGCAACUUAAGUAAGCUUUUUUUUUUCAUCACAGUGGCCGACUUAUGAUGUUAGUUGAAAACUAGGUCGCUGAAAGGUGUCCGGCAUCGAAGCGCAUGAUUAUUGUUCUUUGUAUCCAUUGUAGCGUUCCUUUCCAUGCAAUUCACAAUGCACACAUGGUAAAGAGAUAAGAGACAGGCAGAUGGUGGAAUGUGCAGCGUACACACUCCAAGGAAAUCAGCGACACACAGUGUGUCAAAGAGGACAGCGCUUUUUUACUCUCUGUCUCACUUAUCUUUUUUUGUGUGUGUGCGCGCUAUGAACACUAUCAAAAUGAACUGUUACCAACUUUCCCAAGCUUCAGCUCUCGCGCUUGGUGUUUUUAUCCACAAAUGGUCCAUAAGUCAUUGCUGGUGAGAUUUGCGAGUAUGAAAACAGGAGGAUUACUUGAUUCCAGAACAAUUUGAUUUGUUCUACACAUGGUACUGAACUUGCCAGUGUUGCAUCAAACGUGGAAUAGGGAAGAAGCUAUUAUGGUGUUUCUUAUGGUGGCCCGGUGAAUUCAGCUUGUGCAGAUGCUUCAAGCUUGUAUUCUGUUGACAAAAAUUGAGCUGAUGCCAUAGAAGGAUGGUUGUAAAAGUGUAAUGAAAGCCUCCUGUAGACAUACUGAGUUGUGCUGCUGUGGACACUUAUUGGUUAGCCCUGUAGGGUGAUUCUGUUAGGCUUAUGGGUGCUUUAACACUGUAGUGCCUACAGGAUGGGCAGCAUUAGAAAACACAUUAAAACGACUGUAAGGAUGCAUGUCGUACUAUGGUACCAUCAAUGGCCCAUGAAGUGCCCACCUUUGCUUACACUCCGUGGCAGUCUGGUCUGGUUCACUUAACCUGACUGCCAUCUAUGCAUGAGGAGGAGGAGUGAGGCAAAGAAAGGGGCCUUCAAUUAAUUUUUCUUGCACAGGUGACUCAUACAUUGUAUUUUUCUUAUCUUGCAGGCUUUCUUUACUCAAAGUGGAGCUUCCUGUGGCCAGAAUAUCAGCAUUUUAUUCCUAUUUAUACCAAACAAGUUGUUCACAGUGGCACUCUUUAUAUUAUACUCUCGUGGCACUAAGCUCACUCAUUUUAAUGCAGAUGUUGCUGGGCCUGCAGAGAGAGUGUAAGCAGACUGCUGUGUGGCUGAUCAGUGCUGGGGCGCGAUAACGGAAGUCUAUUCCAAACGAAAAGUAUUCCAAACUCCGCACGUCAAAAUGACGCGCCUGAUUAUGCGUAUGGGGGCGGGAACCUGUGACGUUUUUUUUUUUUCAGUCUGCCCAAUCAGAAACCUCCAUCGUUGCCGGAAGCAUGUUUUACUUGUUUUUUACUUGCAAAGGGACCGCAUAGAAACUAAAAUUUAGAUAUAAACGCCUAAUAAAAGAACAAUUGCAUGUCGCUGAGAGCAAAACUGUUUCCUAAUCUUUUGACGCAAAAUAAGUUGAAGCGCGCUUGAAAUUAAGCGCAAAUAUUUCAAUUUUUCCAGUCAUAGCCACACAUACGCCAAUUCUGCAUCCAAUCCAUUUAGCUACGCACACGUAGGAUGGCGGCUACAUGAAAAGAGCUGGUCGGGCUGUGGGCCGCACUUGGUGUAUUUCUGCCCGUAACGCUGCCCGAUUAGAUGAAAUCUCAGUGUCCGACAUGUAAUUUCGCCCGAGAAGAAUUUUGGAGGCUGUGAACAUCAUGGAGACUGUGAAAGCCUAGUGCUUGGAUACGGAAGAAUCGAUGAAGGUUGGAAGGCAGUACAUCUCAACAGAUAGCUGGAAAAUGAGAGGCGGGAAGCUGGGCGGCCUGGAGGGCCGCGUGCUCGGGAGAACCGGCCCAGCCUCCGCUCCUGUAGACUUUUUCGGCGACGACGCCGAGGACACCUCCAGUGACGAAGAGCGUCCUCCUGCUGUUCCCGUGCCCUCUGCCCCACCAGCAGCGGCCCACGCGUCGAUUGGCACCGAGCCCGGCACAAGUGACACUGCACCCCCGCAGGCCACCUCGGCAACAGCCACUGGAAGAUGCGGCCUGCAGGGGAGCCGACGAGUAUGCGCAGGGGAGCCGAGGCUGCUAACGCGGAGGCCGCCAACUUGCACCAGCUGCUGCUGCCGGCAGCAUCAUCGGCAGCUGGUGCAAGAGCUGAGGGAGUCCCGGGUGGUCCAGCAGCAACUGGCAGCAGAGAUGCGCGGUUUGCGGGAGGCCACUGGCAUCAUCGCGACCACGCUACGCCAGCUCCUGGCGGCCCUGGUGCAUGGGCUCCACGAGCCGCCUCAGCCAUGAGCGAUAGGGUUUCUCUUUUCCCCACUCUCCAUAUCAUCCUUUAGUGCUAAAAGGUGCAAGUGUUGCCUAUCUUUCCGUUCAUAUCACCGCUGCAGCAUUUGGGGGUGGUGCCCACACGUCCUCACAAGCUGUUGUGACGAGUUGUAGCCAGCCUUUUGAAAUGAUGCGCAGGUCAUGCGUGACUAUGGCAGCGAAAGUUGAUAGUGCUGUCAUGUCAUUUGAAACACAAAUGCACGUUUUUUUUAUGUUGCACUAAAGGAUGAUAUGACUGUUUUCCGAACAUUUCUCUCCCUAAGUCAUAUUUUUUUCGGAAGUUCAUUUUUGUCAUGCGCAUUUUUACUUGCAGUUGAAGUUUGUCCAAGUGAGGCAUUACAAAUUAUAUGACGAAUUUUUCCAAUGUUUUUGUUAGGUGUUGUUUAGUUUUGUUUUACUGUUUCUGAUAUGUUUGAACGUGCACUGUUUUUCCAAGGAGGAUUUACACUAUGCAAUAACUUUUGUGUCAGCUUCAACAUUGUAUCGCACACCUAUAGGUGCACUUAACUACAAUGCUGUGAUAACUGGAAUUGAAUUGUCAUGCCUUAUGUCAUAUUUGCAAUGUCAAAUCUGUCAUGCCUACGGAAAGGAAAGUGGCCGAAUUGGAAUUUUUUAGCACCAAGCGCCUGUUACUUGUGAUAGUUAUUGUGAUAUUUCAGGUGUCCCUACCUAUGAUAGCAAUACAAUCUAGUCCCCUUUUUAGUAGAGCACAGCUUGUGAUAUACAUAACGUAGCUAUCGAUGUGGCCACUAUUUUGACAUUCAUUGCCAGGCUGCUCUUGCAGCCGUUGUUACAUGAAAGACCAUCGAAGUGCCAAGCAUUUUCUCUCUUGUCGUUCUUUAAAAGCAUGUGACUGCUGUUUUGUAUUGCGAUCUUAUUACGGCACAAGUCAUUAAAAAGAAACUCUAUUUCGUGCUACAAACAUCUUGACUACGUAACAGACAAGACACAUAUUUCUUGCUGUGAAGUUGCUGGAUGAAGAUGAAUGGUUGUGCACGAGCUUAAAAAAUCAUCAUUAUGCUCGUGUCAUAUUUAUGCGAUUUAACAUCUGCCAACGGCGGCCCAUUGGUAGUGUACUGGGUCCCCUGUAGUGAAUAUCACACUGCUCUUUUGUCGCUAUGAAGUCAUGCUCUGUGAUUUGCUUUCAUGAAAGAUGGCAUUGGAGAUGGAUCACAUUCUUUUAUUUACACUGCAGAUAUAAAUAAAUGAUUUUAAAAAAUGCAA